GAGAGCCGAGUGAAGAAAAUCCUCCAGGACCGCACCGGGGAUUCCUCACUGCAGAGGCCGGGUUUGGAGCUCCGAGAGCCGGGUAGAGACAGGCGCACGGCCCGGUAGUAUUUCUGGAGGUUUUGUUAACCUGGAGCCUGACAGACAGAGAGUGACACAAGAGGGAGAAGUUGGGGGACAGAUGGAAAGAUGGAGACCACAGUUUGAACAGUCGAGUCUUCGAGGUUAAACUGUAAAAUAUAAGCUAAUAUACAUUCAGGAGUCAUGGCCGACAGACUGUUCAAUCUAUCAGCCAACAGGCGCAUCGUCGCCGGCCUGCUGGUCAACCUGCUGUCCUCCAUCUGCAUCGUCUUCAUCAACAAGUGGAUCUACGUCCACUACGGCUUCCCCAACAUGACCCUUACCCUCGUUCACUUUGUGGUGACGUGGCUUGGGCUCUACGCUUGCCAAAAGAUGGACAUUUUUGCUCCGAAAAGCCUGCCAGUUCGCCGGAUCGUGUGGUUGGCUCUGAGCUUCUGUGGAUUCGUGGCCUUCACAAACCUCUCCCUGCAGAACAACUCGAUAGGAACGUACCAGCUGGCUAAAGCCAUGACCACGCCCGUCAUCAUCCUCAUCCAGACCACCUACUACAAGAAGACCUUCUCCACCAAGAUUAAACUAACUCUGGUGCCCAUAACAUUAGGAGUGAUACUGAACUCGUACUAUGACGUGCGGUUCAACGUGCUGGGGACGAUGUUCGCGUCGCUGGGUGUCCUGGUGACCUCGCUGUACCAAGUGUGGGUGGGAGCUAAACAACAUGAGCUCCAGGUGAACUCCAUGCAGCUUCUGUACUAUCAGGCUCCGCUGUCGUCAGGCUUCCUGCUCUGUGUUGUUCCGAUGUUUGAGCCGCUGACUGGAGACGGAGGAAUAUUUGGACCCUGGUCUCUGGCUGCUCUGGUGACGGUUCUGUUCUCAGGCUUGGUGGCGUUCCUGGUCAACCUGUCCAUCUACUGGAUCAUCGGAAACACCUCUGCUGUCACCUACAACAUGUUUGGUCACUUUAAAUUCUGCAUCACUCUGAUUGGAGGAUAUCUGAUCUUCCAGGAUCCGUUGUCUCUCAACCAGGCUUUGGGGAUCCUUUGUACUCUGGCGGGUAUCCUGUCUUACACUCACAUCAAGCUGGCCGAACAGGAGGAGGGAAAGAGCCGCCUUGCUCAGAGACCAUAGGCUGACUCACCUGUCAAUCAACUGUAUGGACGGCCCACAGACUGUGUGACCGGCUGCAGAGACCUCUUUAUAUAAAUAUUUUUUAUUUUAUUAUAAGUAUUUUUUUAGGAGAGUGACGACUUUCAUCAUGAUUUCCUGAGGGGGAUUAAAUGGGUACGACACAUCGAGACGUCCUCAGCUCUUCGCGCUCUUCUGCUUGGUCCUUUGCUCUUCAACAGUGAGGUUAAUGUUUUUAAGGGAAACUGAAGCUCAUCAAAUCUUGCAGCUCGACUUUUAAGACGUUUU